AUGCCAUACCCAACUAGGUAUACAGUACCCAAGUUUAUCAAGUUUGAUCGGAAGCAAGCCAACGCUAGAGAACAUGUGGUGAGGUUCAUUGAAACUCUUGGUGUCUAUGGUAGUGACCACUUUUUGCGUCUUCUGGAGUUCUCCAAAUCACUUACUGAAAGGACCUACAACUGGUAUGUGAACUUGGCUCCCAACUCGAUCAAGAGUUGGGAGGAAAUUGUUAACAAGUUCCACACAAAGUCCUUCCAAGUCCAAGAGAAAGUUAUAACCCUCAUGCUUGGGCGAGAUGCCCAAAAAGAAGGUGAAGAUAUACUGGACUAUGUCAAGGGGUUCCAAGAUAAGGCCAUUGACUAUCAUGAACCAGUGGAUGAGGCUCACUUAGUUAGCAUAUGUGUGGAGGGUGCCAUAUGCAACUACAAAAUCUUCUUUGUGAACCAUAAUCUGCCUACUUUUUCAGCCUUGAUUGAGGUGGCCAGGAACCUCAACACCACUGAUCCUCUGCAUAGAUCUCACAACAAUCACCGCUACUCCCGCAGUAGUAAAGUUGCCGCGAUAACCUCCGCAGGAGGGAGCUUCUCGCAAGGAGAGGCAUUAUUCUCUCGGAAGAGGAAGAGUUAUGAAGACAAAAAUCCAUAUCCUUACAGCCUUGAGAAUGUCAAAGCCUUGGUUAAAAAAUGGGUAGCUGAUGGUGAAUUUACUUUGCCUCCGGUUGAUGUUCCCCAAACCAAGAAAGACAAAGAAAGCCCAGAUUAUUGUAUCUAUCACAGAGCCACCAGACACCUUAUUAGGGACUGUUGGACUUUGAAAAGUAUCUUCAAGAAGAAAGUUGUCAUGAAUGAGUUGAAAUUCAAAGACGCCGGUAACCGUGAUGUAAGGAAGGACCCUUAUCCUUACCACAAGGAGAAUAUAAAGAAUGUACAUAUGAUUGGCUAUCUUGGGCCUGUGCGCGAUCAAGUACAUGGCAUUCUACUAUGA